AUGGGGCAAGAAUUGAGUCAGCAUGAGCUUUAUGUUAAGCAGUUAAAGGAUGCUUUAAAGACACUGGGAGUAAAGGUUAAGACUAUGGAUUUGUUUCAUUAUUUUGAUUUUGUUAAAAAAAUUUGCCCCUGGUUUCCCCAGGAGGGCUUGAUAGACAUUAAAAGAUGGAAGAGAGUAGGAAGUGCAUUAGAGGAUUACUAUAAAGUUUUUGGUCCGGAUAAGAUUCUGGUCACAGCCUUUUCAUAUUGGAAUUUAAUAAAAGAAUUAGUAGACAGAAAGGAAGCACCCACCGAGGGGGCUAUAAAACAGGCAGAGGAUCUGUUACAAAAUAGCACCUGCCCAAAAGCUAGUAAAGUCCCUGCAGAAGAAGUUGACCUUAUUUCCCUUGAUAGCAAUGAGGAGGAUUCAGCUAGACAAUCUAAGACCCACUCGGAAAGUUCAGAUCUUGAUUAUAACAAGUCAGACCCAAAUCCUAAGAACGGUUCUGACAACGCGCUGCUCCAGCCUGAUGCCGCGCCUAUGGCCCCCUCUGAGGCUCUUCCCCUGCCCCCUCCUUAUGCUAUUCCAUCAACUCUGACAGCCCUUGAGGCUUUCCCAGUUUUUCCUCCCAUUGAGCAUUUAAAAGCAGAAAUUGACCACGCGCUGCUCCAGCCUGAUGCCGCGCCUAUGGCCCCCUCUGAGGCUCUUCCCCUGCCCCCUCCUUAUGCUAUUCCAUCAACUCUGACAGCCCUUGAGGCUUUCCCAGUUUUUCCUCCCAUUGAGCAUUUAAAAGCAGAAAUUGACCGUUUACAGCAAUGCGCCAGAGCGCUGUCACGCGCAUUGGUCGCUGAACUCCAGAGCCUGACAGUCCAAGAUUUGUUCUCAGGCCCCGUAACCACCACAACUGAGACCCCCAUAGUCAGCCGUUCAUGCGGUUUGUCCACUACCGCGCCCUCUGCUCUUAAAGACUUUCCAGUUUUAGAAAUUAUAAAGGGUGGUGGAGAUGAUGACGAGCCCAUCAGACAACAUAACCCCUUCAAGCUCUCAGACUUGAAAGAGUUAAAAGCUGCGGUGUCACAGUAUGGUGCCAUGGCCCCUUAUACCAUUACCCUCCUUGAGGGACUGGCAGAGCAAUGGUUAACUCCCUCAGAUUGGCAUACCCUUGCCAAGGCUCUCCUUCAUGGGGGGGAUUUCCUUUUAUGGAGAUCAGAAUAUUUUGACGCCUGUAAAGAAACUGCUAAGAAAAACAUUAAGACGAUUAAUGAUGACUGGACCUUUGAUAUGUUAAUGGGUGAGGGAGAGUAUGAUUCCAAUGACACCCAAAUGAAUUAUCCACCUGGGCUUUUUGCUCAGAUCCAGACAGCAGCCAUUAAGGCCUGGAAAAAACUCCCUGCAAAGGGUGACUCAGGGGUCUCUCUUACUUCCAUUAAACAAGGUCCUGAUGAGCCUUUUGCUGAUUUUGUUCAUCUCUUAUCCACCGCUGCUACUAGGCUUUUUGGUAGUAUCAAGGGCGGUAUUGAGCUCAUCCUAAAGCAACUAGCAUUUGAAAAUGCUAUUCCCACCUGUCAGGCUGCCAUUCGCCCUCAUAAAAAGAAAACUAACUUAGAUGGAUACAUGCGACUUUGCACUGAGAUUGGCUCCUCCUAUCAACAGGGUCUUGCCAUGGCAGCUGCACUUAGUAAAACAGUGAAGGACUUCUUAAAUGACAGAAAAUGGCCUAUUACAAGGGGAUGCUUUAAAUGUGGAAAGCCCGGCCAUUUCUCUAGAGAUUGCAAGUCACCCCCUGGUCAGAAAAAAAAACAAUAA